UUGUAAUAAUCGCCUGGUUCAUCACUUCUCUCUCUAUGGCGAGCAGCGUUUCUUCAACGGCGUCAUCAGCGUUUAUCCUCUCAUCUGAUUUCUUUCAAAAUCGUUUACAGAAGAAACCCAUUUCACUUUCAUGGUCAUCUUCAUUACCACAAUUGGAAUUAUCCAUCAAUUCAAUCUCAAUUCUUCCAAUUGCCCCACGUAACCAGAAAUUUGUGGUUGAAGCUGCUUGGACAAGGAGAUCACGUAGUGAGGCUGCUAAAAGACCAAACAGAAAAUCAUGGAAACAGAGGACUGAUAUGUAUAUGAGACCAUUUCUACUAAAUGUUUUCUUUUCAAAACGUUUCAUUCAUGCUAAGGUUAUGCAUCGAGGAACAAGCAAAGUUAUAUCGGUUGCUACUACUAAUUCUAAAGAUUUGAGGAAUACUUUGCCUUCUCUUAUUGAUAAUGAUGCUUGUAAGGUGAUUGGGAAGUUGAUAGCUGAGAGAUCCAAGGAAGCUGAUGUUUACGCGAUAGCGUUUGAGCCUAAGAAGGAAGAACGGAUUGAAGGGAAACUUGCUAUUGUUCUUGAUACAAUUAAGGAUAAUGGCAUCAUCUUUGUUUGAUUGAUUGAUCUAUUGUUGUGAUGUUAUGUAAUCUUACAUUGGGAAGCAAUACAACAAUUGAUGAUAAAAUGGGGGAAUUUUAUUUAUUUCUCUUA